AUGGCAUUCCAUAGAGCCCCGAAGCCCAAACCAAAAUCUGCGAGAUCUCCAAUUCUGCUCCUCGUCGCAGCUGUGACAGCAAUCGCGCUCCUCUUCCUCUUCUCCUCUCUGCUUUCCACCACCGCCACAAAACCCAACCUCUUCCAACGACGCCAACAGCACUUUGAUAAGUACCUUUAUUGGGGGACCCGCAUCGACUGCCCCGGAAAACACUGCGGAUCGUGCGAGGGGUUGGGUCACCAAGAAUCCAGCCUCCGCUGCGCCCUCGAAGAAGCCAUCUUUCUCGGCAGAACUUUCGUCUUGCCAUCAAGGAUGUGUAUCAAUCCCAUACAUAACAAGAAAGGCAUUCUUCAUCAUUCCACUAAUGCCAGCUCUGAGGAACUGUGGGAUGCAAGUUCUUGUGCCAUGGACUCUUUAUAUGACACAGAACUUAUGUCAGGUACUGUUCCUGUGAUUUUUGACAAUUCAAAAGAGUGGUAUAGGGUUCUAUCGACAAGCAUGAAGUUGGGUACCAGAGGUGUUGCACAUGUGGAAGGAGUUAGCCGAAUCGAACUUAAAGAAAAUAGCCGCUACUCUGAUUUGUUGCUCAUAAACAGAACUGCGAGCCCUCUUUCUUGGUUUAUGGAAUGCAAGGAUCGAAACAACCGCAGUGCCAUAAUGUUGCCAUAUUCAUUUCUACCCUCAAUGGCUGCUGGGAGACUUAGAGAUGCAGCAGAAAAGAUCAAAGCAUUACUUGGUGAUUAUGAUGCCAUCCAUGUUCGUCGUGGGGAUAAAAUAAAGACCAGGAAAGACAGAUUCGGUGUAGCGAGGAGCCUGCAUCCUCACCUUGAUAGAGACACCCGGCCCGAGUUUAUUAUUUGUAGGAUUGCAAAGUGGGUCCCACCUGGAAGAACCUUGUUCAUUGCUUCAAAUGAAAGGACUCCAGGGUUUUUUUCACCACUUUCUGCCAGGUAUAGAUUGGCGUAUUCAUCAAACUAUAGCCAUAUCUUGGACCCGUUAAUUGAGAACAAUUAUCAAUUAUUCAUGAUCGAGAGGCUUAUAAUGAUGGGUGCUAAAACGUUCAUUAGGACGUUCAAGGAGGAUGAGACAGAUGUUAGCCUCACAGAUGACCCGAAAAAGAACACUAAACUUUGGCAGAUACCUGUUUAUAAUGCGGAUGAAACUUGCUGA